UGUGAUUUGAGCAGGCGAAAAGAUUGGUAGAACUAGUCGGACGAUACAUAACCGCUAACACACGAUCAAAGUGACACAGCAAACACUCUGUGUGUCCGUAGUGUCACCAACAAUAAUAACAAAAAAAAAGUACCAAACUCUACAUUAUCAAUAGCUUCAUUACUCAGCAGUAGAGGCAACAAACGAACGAACUAAGCGACCAAAAAGCAAGCUCUAGCAGUCAAGUCCGAGUCAGCCAUAAGCCAGGCACACAGUAGCAAAAACGUCCAUUUGUAAUUUCUUCCAUAUGUAAUUGCAAUACACACGCACGCGACGGAGUUUUUUUUUUAUUUGUUAGAAAAACGUAGACUGAACAGAAGCUGCUGUGAAUUGGAGGAAAAAAUUAUAUAUAAAAUAAAAUAAUAAUAAUAAUGAAGUGCACGGCAUGAUUUGAAAAGUGUUGUAAAUUAAAGCAGUUUACGAAAAAAAGUGCAAAAAAGUAAAAAAAAAAAUUAGAAAUUUCCGAAAAAUAAUUUCGCAGCUAGUAAAAUAUACAUAUAUACAUAUAUGUAAAUGGCAAGACUAUAGGCUAAAGAGCUUGGCAUAGAAAAGUUAAUACGCAUGCGAAAAUAGUAGUAACGGCAGUUGUACGUUAUAUAAGAACACUGAACUUGUUGACGACAUAAUUCGUGCUUCUGCAGUUAAUUAUUAAGUCAAGUCAAGAUGGCCCUUUUUGGGAUGGUGUCGGCCGUUUCGGGCUUUAUAAAAAUUCGAAAUCUCUUGGAUCGUGCGGUUAUCGAUAACAUGGUCUUUCGUUGCCAUUAUAGAAUUACAACAGCGUUGCUGUUUGUUUGCUGCAUUAUUGUAACGGCAAAUAAUUUAAUUGGCGAUCCCAUUGCAUGCAUCAAUGAUGGCUCUAUACCAAUGCAUGUCAUCAACACAUUCUGUUGGAUCACAUACACAUUCACCAUACCCGGUCAGCAGCACCGUCAAAUUGGCACAGAUGUGGCAGCGCACGGCCUGGGCAAUGAAUAUGGACAAGAGAAGCGUUAUCACAGCUACUAUCAGUGGGUGCCAUUCGUGCUGUUCUUCCAGGGACUCAUGUUCUAUGUACCACAUUGGAUUUGGAAGAAUCUGGAAGAUGGCAAAAUGCGCAACAUCACCGAGGGUCUGCGCGGUUUCAUUACCAUGCCUGAAGAUUAUCGCAAAGAUCGGCAAGAUCGCAUUAUAAAAUACUUGAGAGAAAGCUUGAAUUCGCAUAGCAGUUACUCGUUUGCUUACUACUUCUGUGAGGCCUUGAAUUUCGCCAAUGUUGUGUUGAAUAUCUUUUUGGUGGAUAAAUUUUUGGGUGGCGCUUUCAUGACAUACGGCACCGAUGUGAUUAAAUUCUCAAAUAUGGAUCAGGAGCGUCGUUUCGAUCCGAUGAUUGAAAUAUUUCCACGCUUGACGAAGUGUACUUUCCGUAAAUUCGGCCCGGGCGGUUCACCACAGACGCACGAUACGUUGUGUGUGUUGGCUUUGAAUAUUUUGAAUGAGAAAAUUUACAUUUUCUUGUGGUUCUGGUUCAUCAUUUUGUCCGUGCUCUCUGGCUUGGCUUUAAUAUACUCACUUACUGUUAUAAUGAUGCCGACAACACGCGAAACGAUCAUCAAACGCUCUUAUCGUACGGGACAGCACAAGGAAAUCCAAUUUUUGAUACGCCAGUUGGAUAUUGGUGACUUCUUGGUUUUGCACUUUUUGGGACAGAACAUCAAUACAAAGUAUUACUGUGACUUGGUGCAGGAGCUAUGCCACGUACUCGGCGCUUCGCGUCCGCCAUCGGCGCCAUCCACCUUGGAGAUGCAUCCCAUUUAUCCGCAAGUAGAUCGAUUCGGCAAGGAGACCGAGACAUAAAUCGGUGCGCAGUGGGCGGAAGGGAGCGAAAAGUGCAAACAAAAACAGAUAAUAAAACAAAAACAAAACGAAACAUUAAUGAAAAGAAAGUUAAAACGCCAUUAAAAAAAAAAACAGAAAUUAUAAAAACACACACUGGCAAGCAAAUAUAAAAACUGUUGAAAGAGCAAAAAAUCCUAAGGGCAGUCAGCGCUCGGCAUUCUGCUGUUUAGCGUCAGCUUGACACUAUGCGCGAAAACAUCCGACUACUCAAUACAAUGCACCUGCGCUCCACUAGAAAUAAAAUAACGAGCGACAGACCAACACAGCAAUAACGGCAAAUACUGUGUGUCUCAAAAUACUGGCAAAGCAGAAAAUUUUUAAAACACAAAAUUAGCGGUACUUCGUUUUUGAAACAGCGAAAAGCAUACAAUUGUGCCAAGCAAAUAAUACAGAUAAAACAAAAACACAAUAAUAUAUAUAAAUAUUAAAAAAAUUAACUGCCAACACACAACGCCUGCGCAACAGUGCAAUUUCUCCAUUUGCAAGCCUUUUGCAACAUUGUUCACACACACACACACGCAAAUAAGCUAAGCAGAAAUAAAACAUUAUAGAAUUUAUUAUGUAAAAGCAUAACUUACGUUGUCCAAUAGUUAUUGCACAAAGCCAAUACGCGCAGCGAUUAUACUUGCUACAAUAUAAUUAUGUAAUAUUGACAAUUGUGUAAGCCACAAUUCCCUCUUCCAUUUUCAUAACUUUUAACUUUUUAUACGCGCAUUUCUUAUACUUAUAUGACUUUUUAGUACAUAAAUUAAAUAUUGUAAGCCUUUAGAUUUUACUUGAAUGAUCUUCUACAUACAUACAUACAUAAAUAUGAAAAUAUUAAAAACUGGAAAUUUGUUUAAGUUAAAUCUUAAAAAAUCAACAUAAACAAAAAAAAAAUACAAUUAGUAUACAUUUGAUAAAGUGUUUAGAUAAGCUAAAGUUUAGAAAUUCAUGUACGAAAAUGCGAAUAUUGUGAUUGUUAGGGAGACUUCUUUAAAUAAAUUUUUCUAUUUUAUGAAGCGAUAAACAACA